UUUGUAGGGAACCGGAAGUGGAUCCCGGACAUGUUGACGCGCUUUGCGGUUUCCCUUUCCUAUUGUAUAAGACCAGAGGAGAGGGGAACUUUAGGAAACUCAGAACGACACGCACAACAAAGUUUGUAAGAAGUAUUCGAAUAAUUUUCGGACACUUUGAAACGUGUAGCAGGUAACACCAAUGUGGAAUUACUGAUGGAUUCGAGGUACGAGAUCCUGAGGAGGGGCGGUGGGGGUGGAUUUAGCGGGGGCUCUGCCGGUGGGUCCCCGGCUCUGACUGGGGCUCAGUCGCGCCGGAGGAAGAUGCCGCCGCGGCCAGCCGAUCACAAACUGCAAGUGAUUAUCAUUGGCUCCCGUGGCGUGGGCAAGACUAGCAUCAUGGAGAGGUUCACAGACGACACUUUCUGCGAAGCUUGCAAGUCUACAGUGGGAGUUGAUUUUAAAAUCAAAACGCUGGAGCUGAGAGGGAAGAAGAUCAGACUGCAGAUUUGGGACACGGCAGGGCAGGAGCGGUUUAACAGCAUCACCUCGGCCUACUACCGCGGUGCUAAAGGCAUUGUCCUGGUCUAUGACAUCACCAAGCAGGAGACGUUCGAAGACCUGCCCAAGUGGAUGAAAAUGAUUGACAAGUAUGCUUCAGAGGAUGCAGAACUCCUGCUGGUUGGAAACAAGCUGGACUGCGAGGCUGACCGUGUAAUAACCCGACACCAGGGUGAAAGGUUUGCCUCACAGAUAUCAGGGAUGCGCUUCUGUGAAGCGAGUGCCAAGGACAACUUCAACGUUGAUGAGAUCUUUCUCAAGCUGGUGAAUGACAUUUUGAACAAGCUUCCCGGGGAGAUCCCCACCAGCCAGCUGUCCAACAGUGUCCUGAGCCUACAGCCGGAGCCGGAGGUGCCCCCAGAGCUACCCCCACCCCGCCCCCGCUGCUGCUGAGGCCCCACCCCGCAGUGAACUCUUCCGCCAGGAGGGGGCAGCGCAGAGCUAGUCUGGAGCUACAGGGACCCUAUCUGCCCUCUGCUCUCAGGCUGCACACUCCGAACAAAUUGGCACUUCCUCCCCUACAUAGCUCCCAACUGCACCCCUGGGACUACCUCGUUUAGGAUGGCAAGGACAGCUGGGUCUUUCUCACGCCUCUGCAAAAAAGACCCCUUGGCCACCCCUGCAGUGAUGGGUAGGAGUAGUAGAGCUCAUCAGUCAGGGUGCUGUAACUUCCUGUUCUUUAAUUAAUCCCAUGAAACGGUGUGUAAGCAUCCAUUUGCUGCACCACCACAGUAGUCUAAAGCCUCAGCUUCCCUGAUCAUGUGACAGAAAGGGGUAGGGGGUGUGUGGAACGCCCUGUAAGGUCUGUGUGUGUCCUGGAAUUGAUGAAAAUCAUCAUAUAAUGUAAUUUUCAUUAUUAUUAUCCUCAUUAGUAUCAAGUGAUGAACACAUUUAAUUUGACAUUCAUGGGCUCAGACUCCAUCCGUCUGUCUUCCGGUAAUUGAAGUUCCACAGACCUGCUUCCCCCACCUUUGUAAACUGAAAGUACAGAGAUUGAGUACUCACUGUGCAAGCCCCUUUCUCCAUAGAGCCUUUUGAAAAAUAAGGGACUAAGAAUAUUUUCAGUCUGAACCUUACAAGGAUCAUUUCAUUGUAGUUUUUAAGUUUACAGUUAUUUUGCCUUACAGCAGUAUUACUGACUGAGUCAACUGGCACAAAUCUUUUGUGAUAUGCUUGUUUUGAGUUUUUGUGAUGUUUUUGUAAUGUUUUGCACUAUGGUUGUUUGAAGCUGGUUUUGAAAAGGUAAGAGUCCACUGUUGGAAAAAAUAGCAUAAUGAGAACAGAAGAUUGUCAGCACUAAAAACCAGGAACCAUGUUUCUGUUCAACACAUAUAUCCAGUCCAGGUCUGGUAGAUUAUAUAGAAAUAAUUUUUCUGGGCUUCAAAACUUCUAAAGAAUUCAGAAGAACUUUUUUCCUAAAUAUUGACAGGGCUGCCUUUCUCAAAUACACUGAGCAGUAAAGUAGUUCAUAAUUAUUUUCACCUCCUGAAAGGGACAGUUUUCAUAUGUACAGUACAAGUCGGUGUACAGGGGGCAGAAAUCUGAAAUUGCUGCUGCAUCAGCCUGCACUCUGUCUUCUGUCCUUCAUUUAAAGGGCUUGUUUGUUUGUUUGUUUGAUAUCUUUUGUUCAAGGUUUAAAUACCACUUCGACUUGACCUUUAGUGGGCACUCUGAAUUCCUGCUUUGUCUGAAUAAGCUGGCUUUGAGGACAGAGGGUGCUGGUUGGGUGGUUGAGAGAGCGGAGCACUGUUUGUUAGCCUUGAAAAGUGCCCACAGUGCCACGUUUGUGGCGCCCUCUCUUGUGUCUGCUGUGGCAGGUUCAGAAACUCAGUUCAGGAACACCACCCUUGUGUACCAUUUACCUUUUUUAACUGAUCAUUUAAAGAAAUACAGGAACUGGAGACCCAUAACGGGCAAGGUGUGGUUGUGUGGGUAAUUAGGAAUUUGGAUUAGGAAUAAGAGGAAUUAGGAAUAAGAAUUCUUAUUGAUAACAGAACCGUGUCCUGGCAGUUCUUGUUUUUGUCAUGUUUAUCGAUGACAGGCCACAGCUGUUGGUUUUAUUAUGGUGUAUUAAGGACCCUGGAUGUGCCCAAAUGCAGAUGGUUAAUUGUCAGUUAAGAAAUUGUUACCAGGAAGCAUGCAGCAGUAAUUAUGGCCUAAUUGCAUUUGUACACUUGAGCAGCAGGUAGUCAAUUGUUUUGAUUGGAUCUCAACAGGAACUGAAGUUAGUUAGUUUCAGUAUCCAACCUAAAGGCUUUUUUGUCAGGUGCCAGUACUGUGUGCAUUUAUUUUCUUCAGCUCCAUGAACACAUGAAGCGAGUGCCAUUGGAGGCAGUAAAUCUGCCUGAAAGUCAAGUUACUGUUUAAAACUAUGAGCCCCAAGUAUUUUAAAGGAUGGUAUUUUGAUCAGCCUGUUUACAAUCUGCUGUCUUAUGAAUGAACCAGACACUGAUGCAGGCUUCCAUCUUGUACAAGUAAUUGUUGUUUUCUCCUGUUUAAUUUAAAGCAAAAAUAUUGAUAUUACAGCAAUAUUUUGUCAUUUAAAUAGCCAACUGGACUUUGUUUGAGUUACUAAACAAGUUUUAGUUAUUUUAGUAAGCUGGCAUGUUUUGAGCAGUUUUUGUGAUAUUUAUAACUUGUGGCAUUCUGAAACUAAUGAAGUGCAAAUAAAAGUUUUCUAUUUAUUACCCAGAAA